AUGGGUAUUAACAAUCCUAUUCCAAGAAGUUUGAGAAGUGAAUCAAAAAAAGCGGCAAAGAUAUUGGCAUCAUUCGUCAAGCCCAACCAAUUAGCCGGACCAGAUCAAGUCAUUCCACCAAGAAUCUUACAGAAUGCAAAGGGAUUGGCAAUCAUAACGGUUUUAAAGGCUGGAUUUUUGUUUUCCGGUAGGGCUGGAUCUGGGGUCAUCGUUGCUCGUUUACCAGAUGGGUCUUGGUCUCCACCAUCAGCAAUCGUCACCGCAGGUGCCGGUGUAGGGGGUCAAAUUGGUGCUGAAUUGACUGAUUUCGUUUUUGUCUUGAAUACAAAGGCUGCAGUGGAUAGUUUUGCCCAAGCAGGGUCUGUUACUUUAGGUACUAAUGUGUCUGUGGCAGUGGGACCUUUAGGUAGAAAUGCUGAAGCUGCUGGUACUGCAUCAUUAAAAUCAGUGUCUGCAGUAUUUGCGUAUUCUAAAACCAAGGGUUUGUUUGCAGGUGUCUCGUUGGAAGGGUCAGCAAUUGUUGAAAGAAGAGAAGCCAAUAGAAAGUUCUAUGGUAGCAAUUGUAAGGCCAGAAAUAUCUUGUCCGGCCAAAUUGAAGCCCCUCCAGCUUGUGAUACGCUUAUGAACGUGUUGGCAUCAAGAGUUUUCAGUAAUAGAUUUGAUGAUGAUUAUGAUUCAGAUUAUUAUGAUGAUAUUCCGGAUGAGUUUUCCGACAGCACAUCCUCUCCUCGUCGUGGAUCUCGUACCACUUCAAGAAGAAGGAGUACAUACUCUGAUGAAGACGAUGAUUAUUAUUCAGAUGAAGAUGACCGCUACGCUUCCCGAAGUAAGAAUUCUACAAGACCAACUUCUCGUGGAACCAAUACAGGUACGCGAAAAGCAUCCAACUGGGAGGACGAUCUAUAUGAUUCAAACUAUAGAUCAAGAGAUAGGGAUGUCGAUCGGUUAGGCUCUAGAAUGGAAAAUACCAGAAUAUCUAAUUCUGGACCUUCACGUCCUCCUGCUUCUUCCAAACCAAACUUUGGUGGUGCUCCAAAGACCAAUACUAACCAAGCAGUUGCCUUGUAUACAUUUAAGGGAGAGCAAGCAGGAGAUUUACCAUUCAAAAAAGGUGAUGUAAUUGAAAUUAUCAAAAAGUCACAGACAGCUGAUGAUUGGUGGACUGGUAGAAACAACGGGGUUACCGGUAUUUUCCCUGCCAAUUAUGUUGAAUUGAUUUAA